GAAUUUGCUCGUUCAAUUUGCUUUCGGCCUUCCAAGCUGCAAGCCGCAAUUUUUGUUGAAUUUAUUUUUUCGUUUUUUGUAUGUUCUCUCACGUGAAUAAAGUGUGAAAAGUAAAUCGUUUUAAGUUUGUGUUGAAUGUGCGUGGUGAAGGAGACCACAGAAGGCACCUGUUUGCAGCACCAGCGGAGUGAAAUAUAUGGGCGUGGACGCACCAUGAUCACCAGCGAUUGGCAAAUGCUCAACCUAACCUCUCACACAACGACCGUAUGCAACGGGAACGGGAGCACCGACAAUAGUUCCGAUAAUGUGCGAAGGAAACGUUAUGGAGGCCAUGGGCUCCCCCAGGUGUCCCGCCGCCCAUUUUGGUGGUGCCGUCUGGCAGUGUUGCUGCUCAUUUUCUGUGCGCUUGCUGCCGCCGCGUCGGGACCAGCGAACACGCGGUGCGAUGAAGAUCAAUUCCAGUGCAGAGACGGUAGCUGCAUCUUACAAGCGAAGAUGUGUGACGCACGAAGCGACUGCACCGAUGCCACAGAUGAAUUGGAUUGCGACUACAAGCUGUGCCGGGAACCGCAUUGGUUCCCGUGCGCCCAGCCACAUGGAGCCUGCCUGGCAGCAGAACUAAAAUGCAACGGCAUCGACAACUGCCCCAACGGUGAGGACGAAAUCAAUUGUCCCCCUGGCAUUUUAGGAAUGUCCUCGCGCUUUGGCAGCUUCCGCAAGCUGCCGCGUAAUUGCAGCGCCAGCGAGUACAUGUGCCAGCGGGAUCGCAACUGUAUUCCCAUCGAGUUCCAGUGCGACGGCAAAUCAGACUGUGCGGACAACUCCGACGAGCUGGACGGCUGCAAGGAAUCCCAGGCCAGCUGCAAGGGUCAUCUCUGCCCCAAUGGUCGCUGCCUGCAGCGAAAGCAGUGGCUCUGCGACGGCGUCGACGACUGUGGUGAUGGCAGCGACGAGCAUGGUUGCGUGGAUCUCUGCCAGCCGGAGAUGGGAAAGUUCAUGUGCCGCAACAAGCAGCAUUGUCUGGAGCUGGCCAAAGUGUGUGACGGCCACAGCGACUGUUCGGAUGGUAGCGAUGAGUACGAGACCUGUAACAGCAAGCCCGAUUGCAGCGCCAAGUCGUGCCCAGCGGGCGCCACCUGCCACAUGAUGCCCACCGAUGGUGCGCAGUGCUAUUGUCCUGCGGGCUUCCGGCUGGCCAAGUUCCAGAACAAAUGCGAGGACAUUGACGAGUGCCAGGAGCGCGAGUCAGAACUGUGCAGCCAGAGCUGUGAGAACACCUCCGGCGGCUAUCGGUGCAGCUGCGAUCCUGGCUACCUGCUGGCCAAGGAUAAUCGCACUUGUCGAGCGGCGAACACGCAUGGCAGCGAGCACCCCCUGCUGCUCUACACCACCCAAAUGAACGUCAUGGGCAUGCACCUGGGCAGCAGGAACCACGUCUACCAGGUGGCCGGGAAUCUGAGCAAAGUGAUUGGCGUGGCGUACGAUGGUAGCCACAUCUACUGGACCAACAUUCAGAACGAGGCUGAGAGCAUUGUCAAGGCCAAUGCGGACGGCACCCAUGCCGAGAUCCUGCUCACCUCCGGCCUCGAUGCCCCCGAGGAUCUGGCCGUUGACUGGCUCACGCAGAACAUCUACUUUUCGGAUAAUGUGAUGCGACACAUUGCAGUCUGCUCCCACGAUGCUUUCAACUGUGUCGUCCUCAUAACGGAAGAUGUGCACCAGCCGCGCGGACUGGCGUUGUGGCCGCAGCGUGGCCAAAUGUUCUGGACCGAUUGGGGCAUAAAGCCCAUGAUUGUGCGCGCCUCCAUGGAUGGGACGCGCUCCACGCCGAUUGUCAGCGAAAACAUACACUGGCCGAACGGCAUCGCCUUGGAUAUGCACCAGCAGAGGAUCUACUGGGUGGACGCCAAGCUCGGGAGUGUCCAGACGGUCCGACCCGACGGCACCGGUCGUCGCACCGUACUCGAUGGCAUGCUGAAGCAUCCGUACGGCCUGGCCGUUUACGAGGAUCAGCUGUACUGGUCGGACUGGGGCACCAAGAGCAUUCACGCCUGCCACAAGUACUCCGGCAAGCAACACCGUGUCCUGGCCAAAGAUCGGACUAUCUAUGCGGUGCAUAUCUAUCAUUCGGCCAAGCAGCCGCAGACUCCCAAUGCCUGCGCCACAGCCAAAUGCUCGCACCUGUGCCUCCUGGCCGAACCAGAGGCGGGCGGCCACAGCUGCGCCUGUCCGGACGGUAUGCGACUGGCGCCCGAUCAGCAGCGUUGCAUGCAGACGGUGAAGAGGCAGCGACUGUUUGUGGGCGUGGGCCAGUUCCUGCUGGAGAUCGAGCACACGGCCUUUGGCAGGCAUGUGGUGAGUGCCUCCCAUGCCUUGGACAUUGUCAUCAGCGAGAUGGUGUACAACAGCGUCAAUGGCACCCUGAUCAUAGCGGACAAUGAGCGCCGGAUGAUUGCGGAGUAUCAACCGGGACUGGGACAAGGACGCCUGAGGACCCUAAUCCAUUCGAAUCUGGGCAAUGUGAGUGCUUUGGCCUUCGAUCAUCUCAGCCAGAAUCUGUACUGGUCCGAUGCCGAGCGUCGCGUUGUGGAGCUGUACUCCUUUCACACCCGACACCGGGCGCUCAUCCGCUUCUUUGCUGGCCAAGAAUCCCCCAUUGGACUGAGUGUGAUGCCCGCUGAGGGGUAUCUGUAUGUGGCCCUCAAGGCGCGAAGGCACACACACAUCGAUAGGCUGCCGCUGAGCGGCAAGGGUUCGCCGACGCAUGUGUUCGAGGAGGAGCUGGGCGAUGACGACAUCAAGAUGGCCACCGAUCACGAUCAGCAUACGCUCUACUGGUCGGACAGCGAUAUGGGGAUGAUCAGCUACACGGACUAUCGCCAGACGCAGUCGAUGACGUUCCGCAGCAAGCUGCGACGGCCCUACAGCCUGGCCCUGGUGCAUCAGGAUCUGUUUUGGAGCGAACUGGGAUCGUCGUCCAUUUACUGGGCCCACAAGAGCAACAUGGGUCCCCGCAAGCGGAUCGAUGUGGUGCCGACACGGGACUCCGGCGACACCAACGGACACUCCAUGUUCAUGGUGGCAGCCCCCUGGCGUCUUGCUCUGGCCUCCAGUGCGCCGCCUUCGACCGACAGGGAAGAGCAGCAGCAGCAGCAGCAGCAUCCCUGCCAGCAUCAGAACGGCGGCUGCUCGCACAUCUGUGUGGGCGUGGGCCAACUGGCCGCCACCUGCCUCUGUCCCGUGGGUUUUGUGUAUCGCGAUGCCAGCAAUCGGUCGUGCCUGGAGGCCCUCGACUGUGAGUUCCGUUGCCGCAGUUCCGGCGAGUGCCUGACCCUGGCCCAUCGCUGCAACGGACGGCAGGACUGUGUGGAUCGUUCCGAUGAGCAGGACUGCGACGAGGAGGGGCACAAGCACAAGCCAAAGGUCAUGUGCGGCCCCAAGCAGUUCGCCUGCCACAAUGCCGAAGCCUGCGUGGACAAGGACAAGCGUUGCGAUGGCCACAAGGACUGCCCCGACAAUUCCGAUGAGCAGCAUUGUUCGCAGUUUGACAAAACCAGGAGCUGCCACGUCCAUCAGCUGGCCUGCGACAAUGGCAAGUGCGUGGACCAGAGCCUCAUGUGCGAUGGCAAAAACGAUUGCGGCGACAACACGGACGAGGACAAGGCCAAGUGCGACUCCCCCGCCAGCUGCGAUCAGGGGAUGUUCCAGUGCAGCAAUGGGGCCUGCAUAGCCGGCAGCUGGGAGUGCGAUGGCCGGAUCGACUGCAGUGAUGCCUCAGACGAGCACGACAAGUGCGGACAUCGCCGAUGUCCGCCGGAUAUGCAUCGGUGCCUGUUGGGACAGUGUCUGGACAGGCGACUGGUCUGCGAUGGCCACAACGAUUGUGGCGAUCUCUCGGAUGAGCUCAACUGCGGAUCAGCGUCCCAUGCCAAGGCAAACAUCUCCUGUGGAUCCCUGCUUUAUCAGUGUGCCAGCAACCUGAAGCUUUGCCUCGAUCCGGCAGUGCGUUGCAACGGCACCGCCGAGUGCCCGCGCGGCGAGGACGAGGCCGAUUGUGGGGAUAUGUGCAGCAUAAAUGAGUUUCAGUGCCGCACCGGGAAGCAGUGCAUCCGCAAGGAGUUCCACUGCGACCGCGCCAGAGACUGUCUCGAUGGCAGCGAUGAAGAGGCCUGCGACAAGAUUCAGAACCAGACACUGAGCAAACCCUGGACCACGGCGAGCCGUGCCUGCCGUCCCCAUCUAUUCGACUGUCAGGAUGGGGAGUGCGUGGACAUGUCGCGCGUGUGCAACAGUUUCCCCGACUGCCAGAAUGGCAGCGACGAGGGGCCGCAAUGUGCGAAGGCCUGCCGAGCCGCCGCCGGCGGCGGACGUCCUGUGUGCCAGCACAAGUGUCGUGCCACACCCGCGGGUGCUGUGUGCUCCUGCUUCGACGGAUAUCGCCUGGACACGGAUCAACGGAGCUGUGUGGAUGUAAACGAGUGCCUGGACGGCCAGCCGUGCGCCCAGAUCUGUGAGAACACCCUCGGGGGCUACCAGUGCCAAUGCCAUGCGGACUUUAUGCUGCGCCAGGAUCGGGUCAGCUGCAAGAGCCUCCAGGCGGGCGCCACGCUACUCUUUAGCAGCUACAACGAAGUGAGGAAUCUCAGCGAGCAGCCGAUGAUGCUUCAGGUGGCCUGGUCGGCCAAUGACUCGCGCAUCGAUGGCUUCGAUGUGGACAUGGAACGACAGAUGGGCUACUUCUCCAGCGAGGAGCAGGGUGUCGUCUAUCAGGUAGAUAUGCGUCGGCGCUUUAUUGUGCGUGCCCUGGCGGUGCCAUCGCCCACCAAAGUGGCCGUCGACUGGGCCACCGGCAACGUGUAUGUCCUGGCCGGUGGUAGUGCCUCGCAGGAGAUCUACGCGUGCAGUUUCCCGGCCCGUAUGUGCGGCCGCAUUCUCCAGGUGAAGACACACAUGCAUCUGAGGCACCUGGCCAUCGACGGCUACCAUGGGCGACUCUUCUACAUUGCCAUGCGAUUGGAGGGCUUUGGGCAUGCCAGCGCCGAGCUGCAUGUGGCCCGUCUCGAUGGCAGCCACAAGGAGCUUAUGCUGCACAAAAAAGACAGCUAUAUGACGGCCCUGGCCCUCGAUCCGCAUCAGCAGCAGCUCUACUACCUGGAUAUGCACAGCCGCACCCUCGAGAGGAUCAGCUAUAGGACAAGGUCCGGUACGGGGCCACAUCGCCGGCCCGAGAUGAUGCUCCAGAAGUCCAAUGCCCUGAAACAGCCCUCGGGGCUGAGCAUCUACGAGAAUCACGCGUACAUCGUCAAUCUUGGCUCCAAGGAGGCGGUGCGGUGUCGCCUGUACGGGGAGCGGAUCUGCAAGUCCAUCAAUCUGAAUGUGCUCAAUGCCCAGGAUAUUGUGGUGGCCGGAAGAUCGAGGCAGCCGAUGCCAGCGUCCAAUCCGUGCCACCACUCGCAAUGCCAUGGGAUGUGUAUCCUGGCCGACUACGGCUACGAGUGCAUGUGCGGCAACCAGGUGGUGGCCGAGGGCGAACAGUGCCCCCAUGGCUCCAUGAACGAGCUGGAGGUAGGGGCCAGUAGGCAGGAGAGGCCGCAGUCCACAUUCCACUGGUGGAUAAUGGCACUCCUGGUGCUGGUGAUGGGCUCGCUGGCCGCAGGACUUGGGUACAUGUACUAUCAGUGGCGGCAGCGCGGCCACACGGAUCUCAACAUUAACCUCCAUUUCCAGAAUCCGCUGGCGACGAUCGGCAGCAAAGCGUUCCUCGACCAUGAAAGGAACGAAGCCAUCGUCAACGGGAUGGAUGGGCUGGCGUCAAGCCACAGCAGCAAUGAGACGGGCACCACCAGCGCCUCGUCUUCGUUCGCGGCUCAACAAUUUGGCAUGCCGAAUUUUCUCCAGAGAUUGCUACGACCGAAACAGGCGUCCAGCGGCUCCCACAUGGCUACCGAUAUGCUACUCGAAAACUCCAGAGCAAGCGAACUAUACACGCUGGACAACGGACGGAAAGCAGGAGGAGUGCCGGUCAUUCUGGUGGCAGACAAUGACGAUGAUACCCUCACAAACGGACAUUUCGGGGGAGACUACACCGGCGAUGAUGCGAAUGCACGACUUGUGCCGUAAAUAGCCAACUAUCCAGCUCCGGAGGACAUCCUACUCUUAGUUUAAACUCGUUCAUUAGCUGCCAAGUGCUACACUGUUUUGUAUUUAUUCAACAUAGUUUAUUAUAGCGUUAAGUGUUUCUGUGUGCCUCAAUUUGUAUGUUAAACGUAAUUCUAUAAUAAGAUAUAUCGAAAAUCUGCUCGAAUCAUGUACAUUCCCAGUGAAUAAAACCGCACACAAUACGAGUAUAAGAUCUCUA